GCAUUUUGCAUGAAAUUGACAUUUCAUGAAUAUGUGGUUAUGUAGUGGCAUUGUAACCUUAUAUAUAUGCAAAUUAUCAUGACAUUCUGCCAUAAAUAGUGACAUUGUAUGCAUAUCUGUUAGGUUGAACCCAAAAUAGCAUCACAUUGACUGAGAAAUUGAGAACUAAUGACAGUUUAGUUGGUUUUUAUGAGCUCAUUUGGUGGCAUUUUGUAUUACAGUGUGAUUUCUAUUAGUCAUUUUGUACAUGGUGAUUAAAAUGCCUAUAUUUGUGUAAUCUUGACAGACAAUAACAAGAGCAUUUAAGAAAUCAGUGUUGGUGAUGUUGGAAGACUUGCGUGUCAACUCCUACUGCAAUAUUACUGAGGUUCUUAGGAAAAUAAGGACAUAUCUAAGCAAAGAGGAAUUGACAGAGUUUAGCAAUACUGUCUUUGGUUGGAUGUUAAGAAUAGAAGACAUGCCUUGGCUUAGUGGACAAUUGCUUUUGGGAUUGAUUGGAAACUUUGUGACUGAAGUUAAUGGAAACACAGAUAACAGUGUCAUCAGGUUUCACAUUAAAGACAGUGUCAUCAGUUUUCAGAAGCAUGAUUUGGCAAUAAUGUGUGCUUUAAAGUUUGGAGCUGUGAAGCCAAAUAUUUCAAAGGAGCUUCAGGGAGAUAUAUGGACAAAUUAUUUAGGAUCCAAGACAACUGUGACUCGUGCAGAUAUUCAGAAUGCAUUGAAGAGUUACAAGAGCACUAAUGAGAGCAGACUGACAAAGGAUGGAGUGAAACUGGCACUGCUAUACAUACUGUCACAUUGCUUGUUUGGCAAUCAAACUGCUAGACCAAUGAAGGCAUACUACAUAAACCUAGUUAAUGAUUUGGAUGCAUUCAAUGCUUAUCCAUGGGGUGAUGACGUUUGGGAUGAUUUAGUUAACAAGGUGAAGCAGAGUUGUGAGGCACUAGAUAAAGGAAAAGGAGAUCGAGUGACAUUCCCUGGCUUCAUGGUGGCAUUCCAGUGGUGGGCAUUUGAAACAUUUCCUGGUUUAGCAAAGGCUGGUUUGUGCAAGGUCAUGAAUGGGACUGAACACAUCAUGCCAAGGACUCUAAAGUGGGAAUUUAAAAAAAACCUACACUAGAGGUGCUUUCUGAAAUUAUAUUCAAGAAUGAUAAGUUUGAAUGGAUGCAGAUUGUACCAACUGCAGAUGAGAUUGCUAUGAUUGAAGAAGGAAAUGAAAUAAAUGAGGAGGUGAUGCACCUUGUCAUCAACAAUGUUGGCCGAGUUGAUGCUGAAAAGCCAAAAACUAUUGUAGCAAAAGGGAAAGAAAAGGUGAUGCAGCCCAGAGCAAGCAAAGGAAAAACAACAAAAGGAAGGAAGGGAACUGGUAAAGCAAUCAAAUCUCAAGAAGGACCUUCUAAAAGAAGAAAGCAGGCUAGGGUGGAGCAAGAGAGUGAUGAUGACUCAAGUGAGCAAAAAAGUACUGAAGGAGAAGAGACUGAGAGUGAUGAUUCUACUGACGGUGGACGUGAUGGAGAGAAAUAUGUAGUUUUCAUGAGCAAAGACAGCAAGAGUCUCAAAAAAAGCAUGAGAAAACAAGCCAAAGAGAUUGCCAGAUUAGUGGCAGAAAUGAAAAAUAUUAAGAAGACUCAGCAAAAGCAAGAGGCUCUUAUUAAAGAUGUCAUUCUGAUGCUCCACAAAAU